GGAUUUUCCAAUGGCGUUGUGAGUCUUGGGCCUAAAGCAUGGAGUGGGGAUGAGAUAGACAGAGGGUGGGGGCAGCCCUAGAGGCUUCCAGUGAAGGCAGCACCCUGAAGAUGGCCGAAGGAAAAUCGACCCCCUUCCUCUCCAGGGCGAAGUUCGUCCUCAUCAACAUAACCGUGGAACCCAUGAUAUCCUUGUACAUCGUGGGGACGGUCGUGGUGACCCUCGCCGCCCAGAACCUCAGCUUGGAGAAGGCUUGCAAGGUCAACCUCCAGUUCGGCGAAAUCUGCGGCUACAUCGAACACAAGGUCCUAGCCAACUUCACCUCAGAGGAAAAUGCCGUCCAACACCUAGUCGCCUCCGUAUCGAUAUGGAAGUCGCUGCUACACUCUUCCGUUCCCGCUGUGCUGAUCUUCCUCUUCGGAUCUUGGUCGGACCGCAACUCCAAGAGGAAGCCUUGCAUGCUGAUUCCGAUCGCUGGAGACUUCUGCGCUGCCGUUGGCCUCAUCGUUUGUUCCUACUUGGACUUUUUAUCCGUUCAGGCAACAAGUGUGGUCGAAGUGAUCUUUCCUGCUUUCACUGGUGACUCUGUGACGGUCCUCAUGGCCGUGUUCUCCUACAUGGGAGACAUAACUACUCUGGAGACGAAGACAUUGAGGAUUGGGAUUGUCAAUGUUUGUAUUUCCGUAAGCAAUAAGAUCGGUAGUGCUGUUUCUGGAGUUCUUUUCAAGGCGCUGGGAUACUACGGGGUGUUCUCCAUUUCUGCUUGCAUGGUUGCCUUAAGCUUCUUCUAUGGAUAUUUUAUGGUGCCAGAAGUUUCUUCUCUUGAUGACCAUAGGAAAUCUAAGAAUGAAGUGAUAGGAUUUGUAGGCUUCCUGAAAGACUUCUUCGACUUGCAGCACAUCAAGGUCACCUUGCGCACUGCCUUCCAGGUCGGUCCCAACAACCGGAGGAAGAGGGUUGUGUUGCUGAUCUUAGUGGCAUUGCUUCUCUACGGACCUCAUUGUGGUAAAUUGUUGAGUCAAUGGCUUUCCCAGAACGGAGGCAGAUGUACCCCUAUUAGAUGUGAAGGUUGCCAUUACGUAACUUAUUAUAGCCCUUGUAUUCUCGAGGUCGAAAACCAGACCUGGGUGGGGACAACGGUCAAUCUUUGGCCAGACGAUAACGAGAUGGCGAAGCGGGAGGUUCUCUUGUCCAGGAUAUGGACCAUCUUCUCCAACAUGACGGUGGAGCCCAUGCUCUUCGCCUACAUCCUCGGCAGCGUGGUCGCCGGCUUAGCAACGCAGAACCUCAACCUCAACAAGGCCUGCAGGGUCAACCUCAACUACAGCGAUCAGGUUUGCUCGGCCCUCGAACGAAGGGAUACGGCGAAUUACACCAAAGAGGAAGAGGCGAUCCAGAAGCUUGUGGCCUCGAUGUCCAUUUGGAAGACUCUCAUACAGUCUUCCCUCCCUGCAGUCCUCAUCCUCUUCUACGGUUCUUGGUCGGAUCGAUGGGCCCGGAGAAGACCUUGUAUGAUAGUUCCUAUGGCCGGUGAGUUCUUGACACAGAUAGGACUGAUUCUGUGCACCUAUUUCUUCUACGAAGUACCGAUGGAAGUGGCCGGAUUCACUGAAGCCAUCUUCCCUGCUAUCACUGGAGGAUGGAUGACAAUGGUCAUGGCCGUCUUCUCGUACAUAGCAGACCGGACGUCCGUCGAAGACAGGACUUGGAGAGUUGCUAUCGUCAGCAGUUGUUCUUCCUUCAGCGUCCCGAUCGGUAUGGCUCUCUCGGGUAUACUCUACAAGAAGAUCGGUUAUUAUGGUGUGUUCUCACUUUCGGCUUCGCUUUCGAUUUCUUGCGUGUUCUAUUGCAUCUUCAUUCUUCCAGAAGAUAAGAUACCAACAGACAAAAAACCGGAAAAGGAACGUAAUCUGACCUGUUUUGGCUUUUUGAAAGACUUCUUCGACCCGAGCCACAUCAAGGAUACGUUCGCAUUCGUCUUCAAGAAAGGCGCCCAUAACCGGAGGAUGAGGGUCAUUCUCCUCAUGAUUGCUGUCAUCGUAAUCUUCGGGCCGAUGCAUGGUGAGCCCCGGACGAUAAGGUCGAGGCGAGGAGGGGCGGGUGGCGGAGGGGCGGUGGGGGGAGCCGCCACGGGCAGUCCACUCAGUCCUCAGCCAGGCGAUGCCAACAUGGUCGAGAGCAAGGACCGCACCUCCGUCUUCUCCGCCGUCCGCGGCUUCUACCUCAGCAUGACCGUCGAGCCCAUGCUGGCAUGGUACAUCAUCGGCAGCGUGGUGGCCAUCCUAGCCACCCAGAACCUCAACCUGGAGAAGGCCUGCCGGGUCAACCUCAAGUUCGGCGACGAGGUCUGCACGGCCCUCGAGCGGAGGGAAACCGCCAACUAUACCAAGGAAGAACAAGCAGUACAGCAAUUGGUCGCUUCGAUGGCCAUCUGGAAGACUCUCGUUCAAUCCGCCGUACCCGCUUUCCUCAUCCUCUUCUUAGGAUCCUGGUCGGAUCGGCGGGGUCGGAGGAAGCCGUGCAUGCUCUUGCCGAUCACCGGUGAGUUCAUGACUGCUAUAGGUCUCAUCCUAUGCACGUACUUCUUCUACGAGCUGCCCAUGGAAGUGGCCGGGAUAACAGAAGCUAUCUUCCCGGCUUUCACAGGAGGCUGGAUGACCAUGUUCAUGGCAGUCUUCUCUUACAUGGGAGACAUCACCUCGCUUGAAACGAGGACACUCAGAAUAGGAAUCGUAAACGUCUGUAGUUCCAUAAGCGUUCCUAUAGGAACCGCCGUCUCUGGUAUCCUGUACAAGAAAAUCGGGUAUUACGGGGUGUUCUCGCUUUCCGCGUCGAUUUACAUCCUCAGCUUCUUCUAUGGCUAUUACAAGAUUCCGGAGGAGAAGAAGCCGUCAGUUCCGAACGAGAAAAUAAGUCUGGAGGAUGAAGUGAAGCCGGGCAUCAUCGGGUUCUUUAGGGACUUUUUCGACCUCCAACACAUCAAGGAUACCAUCAGCGUGGCGUUCAAGAGCGGCGCGAACAACAGAAGGAAAAGGGUUAUGCUUCUGAUGAUCGUGGUCAUCGUAGUCUUCGGGCCCAUGCAUGGAACUUGA